CCUUUCUUUGCAGGCGACGGAGCGGAGCGUCUGGCCGGAGCGCCCCGGGGAAGAGUAGCUGCAGGGAACGGCUGCCGGGCGGCAGAACUUGCUCUGUCUCUGGGAGACGCGCGGGGCCCCAUGGAGCUGCUGGCCCUCUGUUGGCACCCUCUCUGGGUGCCUUGCACCCUGGUCCUGUCCGUGGUGCUCUGGGCAAGGAGGGCAGCGUGGAGACCUGCGGCUUGUCCUGUGGACCUGCGUGGCAAAACCGCCGUGGUCACUGGAGCCAACAGUGGUGAGUCCGCAAGAUGUGCUGGGCCUGAGGGGCCAGGGGGCUUAAGCCUUGACCCCUCCCCAGACCCAGACCCCCAACCCGGUAGAUUUUACCUGCUUAUCGGGGCUGCGCAAAGGGAUUAAGGUCCCAUCGAGCGCUUCGGAAAACAGAAUCCUAGAAUAGUAGAAUUGCAGAAUUGGAAGGAACUGCAAAGAAUCAUUUAUUCCAACCUCCUGCAAGACAGGAAUCUCAGCACAAGAUUCUAGAGGGUCAUUAAUCAUAGAACUGGAAGGGACCCCCGAAUUUCAUAUAGUCCAAGCGCCCGCAAUGUGGAAAUCUCGACACACAGUUGUUGCGUGUUUCGGAUGUUUCUUAGUGGUUCUGAACUUGUGGGUUAUGUCUGCGUGGACAUGCAUUUUCCUUGGCACUUAAAGUACGCGCACCCUAAUACAGUAUUAUUAUAACACCGUGCAUGUGGGACUUCAGGAUUAACUGAAGCAGAGGCUGGAGGGACACCUGUCGGGUAUGAUCUAGCUGCGGUUCUUCCAUUGGGCACUGUGCAAUUGUGUGUGUGCGAAAGAGAGAGGGAAUGUUGCAGCAGGACAAAUCCAGCGAUGGUUGAACUAUGUGCGUAACUCGCUAUCGCAGCAGGAGGCAGCCCUGACCCACAGCCUAGAAGGCUUUAAAAUGCCUGGCGGACCCAGGGAGGAGGGGAAGGUGGGAAGUCCAGAGAUUCGGAGGAAUCUGUAAAGAUGGAUGUUCGUAUUGUUAUAAUGUUAUACUUGUAAUGCAAGUAAAACCAAAUUAAAAUUAUUUCAAACAAACAAAAUUAAAUAAAUGAAUAAGUUUAAAUAAAUAGAUAGAUAUGUAGAAAAUGCAAUAAUAAAAUAGAAUAAAAUGCCUGGAGGAGGAAGAGAAGGCUAUCGAGGGCUGCUGAAGGAGCAGAGCUUCUGAGUACAGUACUGGUUGUUGGAGACCCCAGGAGGGGAAGGGGCUCUGCCGCUCCAAUCCUGUUUACAGGUUUCCCAUAAUAUGGCACCUGGCUGGCCAGGGUGAGAACUGGACGCAGCACUGGGUGGGUUCCCUUUGGCCGGAUCCAGCAGCGUCUUCUGAUUUAGCCCUGCGUGGAUUGCUGCGUGGGCCCUCCUUCCUCCUGCCCCCCUGAAACAAUGGGUCUGGGGUGUGUGUGGCAAGAGCUGGCCUGCGGCUGAUGCCUUCGGACUUCAUAGCACUGCGGAGUUAAGAGGGACUCCGAGGGUCCUCUGUCUAGUCCAGCCCCCGCAGUGCCAGAAUCCUGCCCACAGCCGUCCCUGGAUGGGCUCAGACCAAAGACCUUCUGGCUGACAGCCAGACCCACCGACCCCUGGGGGCUUUCCCAGGGAACCCCCACUCCCCUGGGGCAGGUGAGCAGGAUCUGGGCAAAAUGACGAGUCUGGUUGCUCCUGCUGCUGCCAGCUGGGUCGGGUUGGGUUCCAGAGCAAUAGGGAAGCGGGUCAGGGCCAGGGGGAGAGCCACCCCCGCCAAGACCCCCACCAAGACCCACGAAGAGGGGUUCUGGUCCUUGACUCGCCCCCGGGGGCUCUGCUGCAGGGAUUGGCAAGUGCGUGGCUCUGGAGCUGGCGCGCAGGAAUGCCCGGACCAUCCUGGCCUGCCGCAGCCGAGAGAGAGGGGCGGCAGCCGUGGAGGAGAUCCGCAGGGCCACGGGGAACCCCGACGUCCACCUGCGCAUCCUGGACACCAGCUCCAUGGCGUCGGUGAGGAACUUCGCCCGGCAGUUCCUGGAGGAAGAGGGGCAGCUGCACAUCCUGGUCAACAACGCCGGGACCACAGGUAAGUGGCAGGGCUGGGCGGGCGGUGGAAGGAGCCCCCAGGCGCUGGAGAAAGAGGAGGGGCUGGGUCGGAGCCCGGCUCGCCUGCGGACCCUCUCCAGGGGGCCUCUAGGAAGCCACAGAGCCUCUGCUCCUGGGGGCUAGGACUGCAGGACUGUGCUGCCUGCACCAAAGUGUGAUUGGCCCCGAUUCUGGAAACCCGGGAGGCACCCACAGCGCAGCAGGGCGCCCCAGCCCCUAAGCAAAGGCACCUCUUGGGAUCUCCUAUUAUAUAUAUAUUACAUGGUAGUUACCGUACAAUUUCAGCACUGUACAUGACAUAUAUUAUAUUAUUGUAUAUACGGAUUCCCCACAUCUAACUCUAUACCCAACUCAUCAUUUACCCAAAUCCCAAUGUGACUUCCUUCACCCACAUGCAUGAUAUCCUUCUGGCUACCUUAAAACUCUAACAUUGUGUUCAUAAUUCUUCAUCACAUUUAGCAAUCCUCUAUCUUAAAAUCAUUGCAUCUUAGCUUAAUGAACUCAAUCAGUACUUAUCCAGAAAUUUCUCUUGAAGUAAUUUUGUGCAAUAUAUUCUUCAAACCAUUUCCAUUCCUUUCUGAAUUUUUGUUUUGAUUGCAUUCUAUUCGACGCUGUCAUCUUGGCUAGUUCAAUAUAUUCGCAAAAUUUAAUUUGCCACUCUGACAUUGAGGGAGUCUCCUGUUGGGAUUUUCUUCCAGCCUGAGGCUCCUCCUCUUCUUAGGGGUGGUCCACCAAGGCAAGUGUGGACAAGCAGCCCUCUGGUACAAGCACGGGAGGGCAGCUGUCCCCUGUGUCGUCCUCCGCGGAGCAUCCCUCGGCAGCGGCCGCUCUUGCAAACGGCACAAAACAACAGCGAAGCGUCUUGCUGCGCCUGAAAGACAAGAGGGUGGAUUCUCUGGAGCACCAAAGCUGGCUUCUGCGGAGAUCCAUUCUCUGCUCUUUCAGGUGCUGCCCUAAAGACUCCUGCGGUGACCCCUGUAAAAGCAUCGCGAAGAGGUUCGCUGGGCUCCCGGACCCCUGCCUGGCUUGAUCCAGCAGCAGCAAAACUCUCCUGGUGUUGCUGUUUCCUUUCCUGUCUCACCCCCUUCUCCGAGGAGCCCCAGGCAGCGUCCCUCGUUCUCCAGCGCCGGAUUUACGCAUAAGCUAAACAAGCUCUAGCUUAGGGCCCCAGUCUCUUGAGGACCCCCCAAAAAUUAAAGGAAAUAACACUUGGAUGUACAUUUCCAAAAUAUAAGAUAAAAAACAAAUAAAAGAAAACCUACAGACAGCAACAGUUGUUUUGUUUUGUUUUGUGUUGUGUAUGGACCAAUUAGGUCCAUAAAUUACCAUAUAUCAGGGGCAGGCAACCUAAGGCCCGUGGGCCGGAUCCGGACCAAUCACCUUCUCAAUCCGGCCCGUGGACAGUCUGGGAAUCAGCAUGUAGGCUCUUCUUGGAAGCAACAGAGCACAUCGUCUCCACCAAGGAGGAGACAGGGGACUCCCCUGAGAAGGAGGCUAGUUCACCAACACAGGAGCCAGAUAUAUGGAGAAACGUGACUCAAAGAAGUAGGAGGCCCAGGGUUCGCUCUGAUUGUUUAGAAAUGCACAAUCGCUUUGAGGUCCUCUCCCCUAGCAUGGAAGACGAAGAGCAGACUCCAUUUGAGGAUCUCUCUCUCAUUACAGUCGAUCAGGUAUAUGAAGACGAGCAGCAAAGUCAGUCCUCAGGGAAUGUGCAGGCGACCUUGGAGCGGACAGCUCACGGAAGAACCCCGACCAAACCUAAGAGGAGGCGUGUAGUGGUGAUAGGGGAUUCCCUACUGAGGGGAACAGAAGCAGUGAUCUGUGGGCCUGACAAGAUGUCUCGGGAAGUGUGCUGUCUCCCGGGGCUAAGAUCCAAGAUGUAACUGAACGACUGCAAGGAAUCAUAAAACCCACUGACAAAUACCCCUUCCUCUUGGUUCAUGUGGGAACCAAUGACACUGCAAGCAAUAGCCUCCAGAAGAUCAAAAGAGACUACGAGGCUCUGGGCAGGAAAUUGAAGCAAUUAAAUGCACAAAUUGUCAUCUCAUCUGUCCUCCCAGUUGAACGACGUGGCCCAGGGAGAGAGGGAAAAAUAGUGGAAGUGAACAGCUGGCUUCGCAAAUGGUGUAAACAGGAAUGGUUUGGUUUCUUAGAUCACGGACUGCAGUUUCUUGAAGAUGGACUUCUGGCAAGCGAUGGGCUGUACCUCACAACGGUUGGGAGAAAUGUUUUUGCCAAAAAUCUCAGAAACCUCUUCAGGAGGGCUUUAAACUGACUAAUGUGGGGGAGGGAGACAGUGCUCCUGAAGGUAGGAGUCUAUCAAUUGAUGAAGAUGAUCAUCCAAUUGUCAUAGACCAAAUGGAGCAAACAGCACGCAGACCUAGUGGUGGGAGGAAAAAUCCUUAAAUAAGAGACACGGGGAAUGAUUAAUGGACUUCAAUGUCUGUACACUAAUGCGCAAAGCAUGGGAAAUAAACAAGAUGAGCUUGAGCUCUUGGUACAGCAAACUAAAUAUGACAUAAUAGGCAUCACUGAAACCUGGUGGGAUAAGUCCCACGAUUGGAAUGUAAUAAUGGAGGGAUACAAUCUAUUUCAGAGAAACAGACCAGACAAGAAAGGAGGAGGAGUGGCGUUAUAUGUCAGGGAUGUGUAUACCUGUGAAGAGAUCCAAGAUUUAGAACCUCAAAGCCAAAGUGAGAGCAUUUGGGUCAAAAUUAAGGGAGAGAAGAAUAACAGUGACCUCAUUGUGGGAGUUUACAAUAGAUGCCCAAGCCAAACGGAGGACAUAGAUGAUGCCUUCCUGGAACAGAUGGCCAAGCAUGCAAAAGGAAGGGAGAUAGUAGUAAUGGGGGACUUCAAUUACCCGGAUAUUUGUUGGAUGUCAAACUCAGCCAAGAGCAUAAGGUCAAACAGAUUCCUCACUGGCCUUGCAGACAACUUCAUUGUCCAGAAAGUGGGAGAAGCAACAAGAGGAACAGCCAUUUUAGAUCUGGUCCUAACCAAUGUUGAUGACCUGGUUAGUGGGGUAGAAGUGGAAGGAUCAUUAGGCGCGAGUGAUCAUGCUCUUCUGAAGUUUACUAUACAGCGGAAAGGAGCAGCCAAGCAUACUAGGACUCAAUUUCUUGACUUUAAGAAAGCUGACUUCAUAAAACUUAGGAAAGUGCUGGGUUAGAUCCCAUGGACAGUAAUACUAAAAGGAAAGGGAGUUCAUGAUGGCUGGGAGUUUGUUAAGAGGGAGAUAGUAAAAGCACAACUUCAGGCAAUACCAAUGAGACGGAAACAUGGAAGGUGCCUAAAGAAGCCAGGGUGGCUAUCUAAAGAACUUUUAACUGAGUUAAGAUUAAAAAGGAUGUGUACAAAAAUGGAAAAGGGGGAAACCACCAAAGAGGAAUUCAAACAAAUAGCCAGCACGUGUAGACACAAAGUCAGAAAAGCUAAAGCACAGAAUGAACUCAGGCUUGCUAGAGAGGUUAAAAGCAACAAAAAGGCUUUUAUGGGUAUGUUCGUAGCAAAAGGAAGAACAAAGAAACAGUGGGGUCACUCAGAGGAGAAGAUGGUGAAAUGCAAACAGGGGACACAGAAAGGGCUGAACUCCUCAAUGCCUUUCUUGCCUCAGUCUUCUCCGAUAAAGAAAACAAUGCCCGACCUGAAGAAUUUGGAGCAAAUGAUUCAGCAAAGGAAACACAGCCCAGAAUAACUAAGGAGAUAGUACAAGAAUACUUGGCUAGUUUAGAUGUAUUCAAGUCUCCAGGGCCAGAUGAACUGCAUCCAAGAGUAUUAAAAGAACUGGCAGAUGUGAUCUCAGAACCACUGGCAGUCAUCUUUGAGAAUUCCUGGAGAACAGGCAAAGUCCCGGCAGACUGGAGGAGGGCAAAUGUUGUCCCUAUUUUCAAAAAGGGGAAAAGAGAGGACCCAAAUAAUUACCGCCCAGUCAGUCUGACAUCAAUACCAGGGAAGAUUCUGGAGCAGAUCAUUAAGCAAACAGUCUGUGAGCACCUAGAAAGGAAUGCUGUGAUCACCAAUAGUCAGCAUGGAUUUCUGAAAAAUAAGUCAUGUCAGACUAACCUGAUCUCGUUUUUUGACAGAAUUACAAGCCUGGUAGAUGAGGGAACGCAGUGGAUGUAGCCUACCUUGAUUUCAGCAAGGCAUUUGACAAGGUGCCCCAUGAUAUUCUUGUAAAGAAGCUGGUAAAAUGCGGUCUUGACUAUGCUACCACUCAGUGGAUUUGUAACUGGCUGACUGACCGAACCCAAAGGGUGCUCAUCAAUGGUUCCUCUUCAUCCUGGAGAAGAGUGACUAGUGGGGUGCCACAGGGUUCUGUCUUGGGCCCGGUCUUAUUCAACAUCUUUAUCAACGACUUGGAUGAUGGACUCAAGGGCAUCCUGAUCAAAUUUGCAGAUGACACCAAACUGGGAGGGGUGGCUAACACCCCAGAGGACAGGAUCACACUUCAAAACGACCUUGACAGAUUAGAGAACUGGGCCAAAACAAACAAGAUGAAUUUUAACAGGGAGAAAUGUAAAGUAUUGCACUUGGGCAAAAAAAUGAGAGGCACAAAUACAAGAUGGGGGACACCUGGCUUGAGAGCAGUACAUGUGAAAAGGAUCUAGGAGUCUUGGUUGACCACAAACUUGACAUGAGCCAACAGUGUGACGCGGCAGCUAAAAAAGCCAAUGCAAUUCUGGGCCUCAUCAAUAGGAGUAUAGCAUCUAGAUCAAGGGAAGUAAUAGUGCCACUGUAUUCUGCUCUGGUCAGACCUCACCUGGAGUACUGUGUCCAGUUCUGGGCACCACAGUUCAAGAAGGACACUGACAAACUGGAACGUGUCCAGAGGAGGGCAACCAAAAUGGUCAAAGGCCUGGAAACGAUGCCUUAUGAGGAACGGCUAAGGGAGCUGGGCAUGUUUAGCCUGGAGAAGAGGAGGUUAAGGGGUGAUAUGAUAGCCAUGUUCAAAUAUAUAAAAGGAUGUCACCUAGAGGAGGGAGAAAGGUUGUUUUCUGCUGCUCCAGAGAAGCAGACACGGAGCAAUCGAUCCAAACUACAAGAAAGAAGAUUCCACCUAAACAUUAGGAAGAACUUCCUGACAGUAAGAGCUGUUUGACAGUGGAAUUUGCUGCCAAGGAGUGUGGUGGAGUCUCCUUCUUUGGAGGUCUUUAAGCAGAGGCUUGACAACCAUAUGUCAGGAGUGCUCUGAUGGUGUUUCCUGCUUGACAACCAUAUGUCAGGAGUGCUCUGAUGGUGUUUCCUGCUUGGCAGGGGGUUGGACUCGAUGGCCCUUGUGGUCUCUUCCAACUCUAUGAUUCUAUGAUUCUAUGUUUUUACAUGAGUAGAAUGUGUGAUUUUGUUUAAAAUGCAUCUCUGGGUUAUUUGUGGGGCAUAGGAAUUCGUUCAUAUAUAUUUUUUCAAAAUAUAGUCCGGCCCCCCACAAGGUCUGAGGGACAGUGGACCGGCCCCCUGCUGAAAAAGGUUGCUGACCCCUGCCAUUUAGCAUACAGUGGUACCUCGGGUUACAUACGCUUCAGGUUACAUAUGCUUCAGGUUACAGACUCCGCUAACCCAGAAAUAGUACCUCAGGUUAAGAACUUUGCUUCAGGAUGAGAACAGAAAUCGCGUGGCAGCAGUGGGAGGCCCCAUUAGCUAAAGUGGUGCUUCAGGUUAAGAACAGUUUCAGGUUAAGAACAGACCUCUGGAAUGAAUUAAGUUCUUAACCCGAGGUACCACUGUAUAUUCAACACAAAAAACAGCGACAAAUUGUUGCUGACAAAGGACAGCUGGACAUAUAAAGGGCCCCAUUAUUUUCAGUAGCUGAGGGCCGCAUCAAACCUCAGUCCGGCCCUGGUUCUCCCCCUCCUCAUGUCAUCCCCACAACAGCAACCCUGAGAGGUUGUGUCUGGCCCCCAAGAUCACCCAGGGAGCUUCACGGUCAAAUGGUGGAGAUUCGAACUCCGGCCUCCCCGUCCUAGUCCAGCUCUAAGCAUUGCACCACACUGCCUCUCUCUCUGCUGGUGCCUUUCCUGGUGUCUGCCCCAGGGGAGACUUUUGGCAAGGACCUCACUUGUGCCCGUUUCAGGGAGCAGAAGGAACACCUUGGGCUGGAGGGUGCCAGAUACGCUUGGACAGGUGGGCUGUCUGUCAUUCUGCUCCCCAUCUUCUCUCUCCCCCCCAGGUUUGCCGUUGACGGUCACCCCCGAGGGACUGAGCCUGAUAUUCGCCACCAACUACUUGGGCCACUUUCUGCUCACCAACUUGCUUCUAGGUAAGGCCACGCAUCUCCUCCCCCUCUCAGCCCCAUAGCUUGACCCCCAGGGUUAUCUGUGGGGAUUCAGGAGGCAUCGAGAGCAGUGCUUCCCAAAGUGGGGCAGGGAAUCAUCUCCUGGAGGGAUGGGGUUCUCCCUAGGGGGUUGCCAAAGGUGUAAAGGAGUAUCAGGCUUUGAAAAAACUGGCACUGCUGGACCAAGUGACUCCGUUUGCUUCAAUUAAUUAAACGGAGCAGAUUUCAUUGGAUUUCGAAUAAGCGUGGAAUUAAUUGGUUCGUGUUUUGAAUUUUAUUGCGUUAUCAAUAAAAUUGGGUCGUGCCAAGUGCUCUUCCAAGCUAUUUAUUUAUUUAAUAAAACCUAUUCCCCGCUUGAUUGCAAAAAGAAGAAAAACAGCGGCUUAGGAAAAGAGGACGCAAGAAAAUCGAGGAGAAAUUACAACGGCAAACAAUUAAAAUGCUAAAACAGAUUUUCAGAUGAUGUUAAUAAUAAUUAUUUUUUGUAGGUGGAGAAGGGGUUGCUGGGGAUCAGUUUAUGGAAUCAAGUGGGGGGGCCAAAAAAGGUUGGGUGUCGGCCGCCGAGCUAUGGGAACUCUUCCCCGCUAAGGAAGUGGGUGCUGCUUGGGGAAGCAGCUGCUGGGGGGCAGUGAGAGGAGUGGGUGUUGCGGGGCAGGGGCUGAGCCCGGCCCCGAUCCCUCCCGAUUCACCAGUAGGAAGAGGAGGGUCUUUGCUCCAGCCCAUCACCCUUUUUAAAAGUUUUUUUUUAAUUAUUUAUUUGGUUUUUCAGGUUAACUUUUGCAGCCCCAUAUCCAACAUACAACAUAAAAACAAUAUUCCCAAUAAUCUCUUGGAUUUCCCUCCUUUGUGGGUCCUGUUAUUAAUCAUUUCCUGCUGCAUCUUUUAUGAUAAUCCAAAUCUUUUACCUCUCCAUUGCGUCCAAAAUUCACCAUUAAACUACAAGUGUUAUUCCAAUCCUACCAAAGAUUUUAACUGUUUACAGUGGUUUUUAAGUUAAAUUAUCAAUGUUCCCCGUUCCCUAUUAAAAUUGUGGUCUUCCUGAUUUCUGAUUCUUCCGGUCAUUUUAGCUAUUUCAGCAUAAUCCAUCACCUUGAUCUGCCAUUCUUCUCUACCUACCAGCCUGUCACCCUUUGUGCCCCCUUUUUGUGUCCCCCAAACCCCGCAGACGCCAUGAAGGCCUCGGCCCCUUCGCGCAUUGUCAACGUCUCCUCCUUCAGACAUCAGGCGGGGGAAGCGAACGUCCAGUUCCUGAGCGGAAAGGAGCAGCCGAAGAACUUCAACAAGGCCUACAACAGCACCAAGCUCAUGAAUGUCCUCUUCACGGUGGAGCUGGCCCGGAGGCUGCAGGGGACGGGUCAGUGCACCGCCCUUCCCUCUCGCGGUUAGGGGUCGCGGGUGGCGCUGUGGUCUAAACCUCUGAGCCUAGAACUUGCCGAUCAGAAGGUCGGUGGUUCAAAUCCCAGCGACGGGGCGAGUUCCUGCUGCUCGGUCCCAGCUCCUGCCAACCUAGCAGUUCGAAAGCACACCAGUGCAAGUAGAUAAAUAGGUACCACUCCGGCGGGAAAGUAAACGGUGUUUCCGUGUGCUCUGGUUUCGAUCACUGUGUUCCGUUGUGCCAGAAGCGGCUUAGUCCUGCUGGCCACAUGACCUGGAAAGCUGUUUGUGGACAAACGCCGGCUCCCUCGGCCUGAGAGAUGAGGGCCACACCACAUAGUCGCCUUUGACUGGACUUAACCAUCCAGGGGUCCUUUACCUUUGAGGGGCUGCCCUGUGGAUGGGAAUCCUAGAAUGGUAGAGUCCAGGCACCCCCCACCUUUGGCCCUCCAGGUACCUUCUUGACACGUAGAGAAGAUAAGCUGCGUUCUGUUCUUCUGCCGUUCGUCAUCUGGGCCCAUAACCAAAAAUGUCAGGAUCUCCGCUCGGCCAAGCUGAUAAAGCUCAUUUUCUUCCCGAGCCUUCAGAGUCGCCUCCCGACGAUUAACUGACGACCUCAAGCCUUUGAUGAGGCUACAAGGCACGUCCUCCCAGCAGAGCAUUAAACAGCAUGCGGAAGUGAUGAGAUUUAUGGCUACAUUUUAAUGAGUUUUAUUUCUAAACUACGCAGAACAGAAAAGACGUCCUCUCUCUAUGAAAGCAGAGAGCAACUGAACAAAGGAACAAAGGAAUCAGGGAACCACACUAACGCCACAUCCCGUCUCCUACCCGUGAGACUCCAAGAAUUUGGACUGUCUCUGGAAUGUAAACAGUGUCCUGUGACUCCGCGCAGCUGCACAGUGAGAAGAACAGAAACUAACAGUUUUGGCCUACAACUCCCAUGAUCCCUUGCUAACAGGACCAGUGGUCAGGGAUGAUGGGAAUUGUGGUCCAAAACAUCUGGAGGGCCGAAGGUUGGGGGUGCCUGAUCUAGCCCAACCCCCUGCAAUGCAUCUCUUUGAUGGCCCCCCAACCCUUGCUUGAAAGCACCCAAGGAAGGAGAGCCUACUACCUUCUGAGUAAGAACAUCAGACGAGUCUGGCUACUGGAUCAGGCCCAGUGCCCAUCCAGUCCAGCCUCCUGCUCUCACAGUGGCCGAGCAGAUGCCCAGGAUGGGAAACCCGCAAGCAGGAUUCGAACACAACACUCUCCCCUCCUUCUGUUUCCAGCAACUGGGACGCAGGGCAUUGCGGCUUCCAACCGAGGAGGUAAAGACUUCAAGGCCCCCCAUCCCGCCCCACAAUUAAUUCAGAGGUGGGCAAUGGCAUCCGGCCUGACCUUAGCAGACCACCCAGACAGGUGGGUGGUCCCGUCCAGAUCUCAAUCACACGGCGCAACUAUGACCCAUUCCUCCACUGGUCGGUGCUGACUUGGAGCUGCGCUUUCUGCUGGGAUCGGUUGGCCAUGAAGUCCCCCCCGCAGGACAUGGACCAGUUCCAGGGAGCUCAGAGGCCCCCGCCUGCCAGCGACGAAACGGUGGCAGACUCCCCCCCCCCCCAGCUCCAGCAUCCCAUCAACAUCACUUUUGCAUUGUGGGAUAUGUUUGGGAAAACACUUUUAAUUCAAUUUUUAUUCCUGGUCUGCUCUUGUGACAUAUCACCCCGUCAAAUUUUUUUUACAAAAGCAAAAACUAUGGCGAGGAAGCUAGCAUUAAAAGUUUGGGGCAGCGCUCAGCAAAGCUCCCCUGUGGCUCAGAGCUCGGAGUCGCUGCUGGUUGCGCAUGGAGCUGCUCUUGGUGGGCCCACCUAGACAUGGAAGCCCAGAUUUUGUUGCAGACACGCCCCUUUGCCCCCGGAGCACAAUGCCCUUUCUGGGUGUGAGUGGGAUAGGAUUCUCCUCACCACCACCUGCUGCCAAUGGGCUAGGAAGACAGAGAAAGGUUUUCCCUCCCUCUCCCUUCACACUAGAAACUUGUGGCCGUCCAACGAAGCUGAAGGCUGGGAGAUCCGGAAGAGAUGAAAGUCCUUCAUGCAGCACAGAGUUAAACUGUGGAACUCCCUGCCACAAGAGGCAGGGAUCGCCACCAACCUGGGCGGUUUCAAAAGAGGAGUGGACAAAUUCUUGGAGGAGGAGGGGGGUCUCGAGGGUUACUAGCCAGGGGGGCUCUGCUCAGCCUCCACACUUGGAAGCCGAAAUGCCUCUGAACCCCAGUUGCUGGAAAAGGACGUGAGGGUGGGGGGGGGGUUGUGGACUCCCAAGCACAAUUCAAAGUGUUGGUGCUGACCUUGAAAGCACUAAACAACCUCAGCCCAGUAGACUUGAAGGAGCGUCUCCACCCCGGACACCAGGGUCCAGCUCCAAGGGCCUUCUGGUGGUUCCCUCCCUGCGAGAAGUGAAGUUACAGGGAACCAGGCAGAGGGCCUUCUCGGUGGUGGCACCGCCCUGUGGAACACCCUCCAUCAGAUGUCAAGGAAAUAAGCAGCUAUCUGACUUUUAGAAGACAUCUGAAGGCAGCCCUGCCUAGGGAAGCUUUUAAUGUCUGAUGUUUUAUUCUGUAUUUAAUCUGUUGGGAGCUGCCCAGAGUGGCUGGGGAAACGCAGCCGGUUGGGCGGGGUAUAAAUAAUAAAUUAUAUGAUGAUGAUGAUGAUGAUGAUGAUGAUGAUAAUAAUUUAUUAUUUAUACCCCGCCCAUCCGGCUGGGUUUCCCCAGCCACUCUGGGCAGCUUCCAACAAAACACUAAAAUACAAUAACCUAUUAAACAUUAAAAGCUUCCCUAAACAGGGCUGCCUUCAGUUGUCUUCUAAAAGUCCGAUAGUCAUUUAUCUCCUUGACAUCUGGUGGGAGGGUGUUCCACAGGGCGGGUGCCACCACCAAGAAGGCCCUCUGUCUGGUUCCCUGUAACAUCACUUCUCACAAUGAGGGAACCGCCAGAAGAUCCUUGGAUCUGGACCUCAGUGUCCAGCUGAACGAUGGGGGUGGAGACGCUCCUUCAGGUCUACUGGGCCGAGGCCGUUUAGGGCUUUCAAGGUCAGCACCAACACUUCGAAUUGUGCUCGGAAAUGUAUGAUUAAUUCUCUUUGGGGCAACUGGAUGGUCACUGAGAGAACGGGAGGCUGGUGUAGAUGCCCCCUCCCCUUGGCCGGAUCCAGCAGGCUCUUCCCGUGUUCUAGGGUGGAUCACAACAGCACGCUUGGGCCAUGUACCGUGGGAGGGGGGGGCCCAAAAUGUUCACAUUUCUGGAUUGCUCUAAUGAUGGACUUUUCUUGCGCUGCACACGGACCCAGGCUGGUUGCCCCCUGCUCAAGAUCUCUCACUCUGUAAUAAUCCAGUCAGAGAUCUGCCCUGCUGCCAGCCAGGAGUGGCAGAGCUGGGCGCUGCGUGCCCCCUGCCCUGGCACUCGGUGACUGAGGACCCGCUUCCCUUGCAGGAGUGACCGUCAAUGCUCUGAGCCCAGGAAUGGUCCACACGGAGAUCAUGCAGAACUUCAGCUGGUGGGUUCGCCUCCUCUUCCAUCUCGUGGGCAUCCUCUUCCUCAAGGUGAGACGGGACGGAGGCUGGUCCUUGGGGGCAGCCAGUCGCUGCCUCUCAGAGCCUUAGGGUCUAGCCUACCCCACAGGGUCGUUGCGGGGAUUGAAUGGGGAGGGGGAGAAGAACCGUGCGCACCACCUUCAGCUCUUCGUAGAAAAAGGUGGGAUAAAAGAGCAAAAAACAAAACAAAAAAAAACAAUAAAUAAAGCCGAAGAAACCAGAAGUGCAAAAGUCAGCGGGGGCAGAGACUUCGCCAGUUCCCAAGGUCAGUCAGUGUCAAGUGAAGGUGGGAUUUGAACUCAGGUCUCUCCCAGGUUCUAGUCUGACACUAAGCCCUCACCCCCCUCCAUCUGCCUUCUGUUGUUGAGUCGUUUAGUCCUGUCCGCCUCUUUGUGACCCCCUGGACCAGAGCACGCCAGGCCCUCCUGUCUUCCACUGCCUCCCGCAGUUUGGUCAAACUCAUGCUGGUAGCUUGGAGAACACUGUCCCACCAUCUCGUCCUCUGUUGUCCCCUUCUCCUUGUGCCCUCCAUCUUUCCCAGCACCAGGGUCUUUUCCAGGGAGUCUUCCAGGGUCUUUCCCAAAGUCUUGGAGCCUCAGCUUCAGGAUCUGUCCUUCCAGUGAGCACUCAGGGCUGAUUUCCUUCAGAAUAGAGAGGUUUGUUCUUCUUGCUGUCCAUGGGACUCUCAAGAGUCUCCUCCAGCACCAGAAUUCAAAAGCAUCAAUUCUUCUUGAUUUCUUCUUGAUGGUCAAGAAGACCAUCAGCCUUCUUGAUGGUCCAGCUCUCACUUCCAUCCAUCACUACUGGGAAAACCAGAGCUUUAACUACCCCUUUUCUGCAAGCUGAGUUGCAUCCCGUCUUCCAACAGAGGCAAUUUAUUCCUAUCCGUUAUCGAUUCUGCCCCUCCCUUCAUGUUGUUGCCCCGGGGGAGAUUAGGGAGGGAGGGUGACCUGCCUGCAGGUGGAUCCCUGAGCGGCAAGGACGCCCCUCUCUGGCCUCUCACCUGCCAUUCUUGCUGCAGGACAGCCUUUCUCAGCCUGUGGGUCCCCAGAUGUUGUUGAACUACAACUCCCAUCACCCCUAGUUAGCCAGGCCGGAGCUCAGGGAUGAUGGGAGUUGUAGUCCAACAACAUCUGGGGACCCACAGGUGGAGAACGGCUGCUGCAGGACAUCUAAGCCAGGGCUUCCUGUCUCCCUGCCAUUAGCAUACAAAACAGAAGCUGGGGGUGUUUAGCCUGGAGAAGGUGCAGAGUCCUCUCCAAAUAAGGGCUUCCCCAAGGAAAAGGGAGAAAACCUGUUUUUUUGUGACUCCAGAGGGCAGGACCCAAACCGUGGCUCCAAACGGCAGGAGAGGAGAUUCCGACUGAAGGGACUCCCUCGGAAAUGGGUGGCCCAUCUCUCCUUGGAGGCUUUCAAGCGGAUUCCUCCGCUGUGAUUCCUGCAUUGCAGGGGGUUGGGAUGGAUGACCUUUGGGGGUCCCUUCCAACUUUACAACUCCGUGUUGUGGGGCUGGCUGACCCUUUUUCUUUGCCUCCUCCCCAGUCGCCAACGCAGGGCUCCUUCAGCACCACGUACUGCGCUGUGUCCGAGGAAGUGGAGGGCAUCUCUGGGAAGUACUUUGACAGCGACUGCAGACUGGCACUGCCCUCACCCCUCGCCCGAGACCCUGCCGUCGGCCGCAAGCUCUGGGAGGCUUCGGAGAAGCUGGUGGGCCUGCAUGAUGGCGGAAGGGAGCCUGCCAGCCGCAAGGUGGCCUAGGCCGGCCCGCGAGAAGGAAGCAGGGAUUCACGCUGCUCCCUAGGUGCCAGGGCAGGACUCAUGUCUGCCAGCAACGAUCCUGGAUGCUCGCUCUGGUUUUUUCCUCCCCUGGCCGGGUUUCGGAGACUGUUUGGGGUCUCUGCAGAACCAGCCGCCGCCUCCUGCUCUCCCACUCGAUAACCGACAUGAGGGGAAAGACCAGAAAUUCCUUUGGGGUUAGUGUGGUCUAAAGAGAGACUUGAAAGGAUCCGUGCAUCGCUUUGCCCCUAGCAACCCCUUUCCUCCCAGUUUCUUUCCCUAGCAACAAGGUUUCCUUAGCAACAGACUUCUUUAUUAGACGGGCUCUGAAGGAGAGAAUGGGUCUGGCUGUUACUCUGCCCAGGUGGCUGAAGAGCAGAGAGGAGGAACGGCUGAUUCCCUCUAGAGUUUCCCCUUCUUUUCCUUAGACUAGCUGUUUUAUCGGCUGCAAUAUUGGUAAUUCUUCAAUAAACCCUUUGAGCAGAGCUGGAAUGUGUGAGGUGUUUCUUUCCCCGUGGGUGAGCUGAACUGAGAAAGGAGAUUCUGGAAGACGUUCUGGGUGUCUCUGCUGACUGCAAAAGGAACCCCAAACGGUGGUGACACAGAGCCUACUGGCAUUUGGUACCCUGUUCAGUUUGGCAGGACGGCCAAUCCAUUUCUAGACACCAGUCAGAGUUUAAUAAAUGGCGUUUAUUAGCUUUGCAGUGCAGUUCAUGACUCCACACCCCCUUUGUUGAAGGGAGAAACGGGGUGCGGAACAGAGGAAUAUAGCAAAUUCGAACAAUGGCCUGAGUGCUGAAGAGGCAGAGACCUUCUUGGCUGCCUCUUAGAGCAGAUGCAAAUAUUCUCCUUCUGCCACCUGCGAUGAGCCACCAUUGGCAAGAUUGGCAGCAGCGGAUAUUGUCGAUGCUUAUCGUUCUCUUAAUAUUCCCUUGCCAAGUGUGCUGUUUUAAACAUGCUGUUAUAGCAAUUCUAAGGUCUUAUAUAUAUAAAAUAAAUGUUCAUAAAUGUACAAGGUAAACUCAUAGAUAAGUAUAUAAACCACGUGAAGUCGUACAGGAGAGCAAUCCUGAAGCCAUUUUGACUCUUCCAGUCUUUCAGUGACCUCAAAUAUUCCUCUGCAGUAAGGGAGGCAAAUUGUCUCUUUGCUCGCAAAUCCUGCCUUAAGGGCGUAUUUUUGUAUGAAUAGGGUGAGCCUGUGACCUGGAGUCAUAACUAGGUAUUUACCAUCACAAAAGAACAGCUAGGCUGCCCAGGUAGAGCAAUCAGUGACCAUUAUCAGGUAUCCUGGCAGACAGGUUUUCAGCUGUAGACCGCCUCCUUCUGUGAUGUUGUUUUUGGGGGUGGUCUUGAGCUACAGGGGAGGCAAUUUCAAAAGUCUAUAUAAGGGCUUGCGCACCAUUGGUUAAGGUAACCAGAUUUUUUUUCAAUGAAUCCAGGGACACUUUUCAACUUCAAUUGAUUUUGUAUGGGGACUGAAUUGUAAAUCCGGGGACUGUCCCCGGGAAACGGGGAUGUCUGGUAACCUUAUUCUGGGUCCCUCCUGCCUCCUGCGUGGAGUGAGCAGGGGACCCUGUUGCAACAGUUCAAUAAAGAUCAGGCUUCUUAGCUGCUUUGCUUCUCAAUAUUCUCUGGUUGGCCUCUGUUAUUUUCUCCUACCAAUAGGGAACCCACGUAAGGACUCUGUACGGGCUCCUGGGUACCCCGUAAGGGAAAAGCAGCAGUUUUUUCUUAUAACAGUGCAUUUUAUAUUUGACUUCCUUUAGUAAAGUUUUCUUUUGAAAUCUUUAAGAUAACUUUGCUGCUAUAACCUGCAUUCGGUCGUUGACCUCCUUUGUAAUGUUUUAUUUUCAAAUCUUUGAGAUAAGAUUUAGUUUGCUGCCAAUUAUAUUGCUUUGAUUGCAUACUUUAUCGCUGACUUUCUUCUGUUUUUUCUGGACUGUUUUAUUUGAUGUUGUGUUCUCUCUGCUUUGUGGGUUUUUU